UUGAUUCCUGACCCAGAUACCAUUUGCUUCUGGUGCACUCUGUGGAUAUUGAUGAAUGGGGAGCUCCAGGGAGGGAGGACCAGCUGUCUUCCCCUUACCUAGCCCCCCCUCUUAGGGUUUGUCCUGGAGUUGAGCCAGCCCUUGAGGAGGCCUCCACUCCUUCUUCCUCUCCUGAUUCUGGGAGAGGGCUUGGGCCUGGCUGUGCUCCAGGAUAAAUUUCCACAAGGCAAGAGAUAACACUGAGCCAAGGUGAAGAUCAGGGCAGCCCUUAAAUAAGGCCUCCGUGCACCCUAGAGUUGGUUGCUGUUCUUCUAUUCCAUAGCUGUCUGCCCUGCUUGCCGGUGCCCAGCCACCAUGUGGGAGCUCUUCGCUUUUUUGCUGUUCGCCCUCGUCUAUUUCUUAUGGCCCAAGCCAAAGUGCCCCAGUGCCAAGUAUCCCAAGAGCCUCCCAUCCCUGCCCUUGGUGGGCAGCCUGCCAUUCCUCCCCAGAGGUGGCCAUCCGCACGUGAACUUCUUCAAGCUGCAGAAAAAAUACGGCCCCAUCUAUUCCUUUCGUAUGGGUACCAAGACUACAGUGAUGGUCGGCCACCACCAGCUGGCCAAGGAGGUGCUUGUCAAGAAGGGCAAGGAAUUCUCUGGGCGGCCCCAAGGGGUGACUCUGGACAUCCUGUCUGACAACCAAAAGGGCAUCGCCUUCGCAGACCAUGGUGCCAACUGGCAGCUGCAUAGGAAGCUGGUACUGGCCACCUUUGCCCUGUUCAAGGAUGGCGACCAGAGGCUGGAGAAGAUCAUUUGUCAGGAAAACAGUUUAUUGUGUGAUUUCCUGGCCACCCAGAAUGGACAGUCUAUAGAUUUGUCCUUGCCCCUCUUCCUGGCGGUGACCAACAUAAUCUGCUUGAUCUGCUUCAACUCCUCCUACAAGAAUGGAGAUCCUGCUCUGAAGAUCAUAAAGAAUUAUAAUGACGGCAUCUUGGAUUCUUUGGGAACGGAUAAAAUGGUAGACAUAUUCCCCAGGUUGAAGAUUUUCCCCAACAAAACCGUGGAAAAAAUGAAGAACUGUGUUAAAAUGCGAGAUGAAUUACUGAAUGAAAUCCUUGAAAAACAUAAGGAGAACUUCAGCAGCGACUCUAUCACCAACCUGCUGGACAUACUGAUCCAAGCCAGGAUGAACUCAGACAAUAACAAUGCUGCCUCAGACCGGGAUUCGAAACUCCUUUCAGAUAAACAUAUUCUCACUACCAUAGGGGAUAUUUUUGGGGCCGGCGUAGAGACCACCACGUCUGUGGUGAAGUGGACUGUGGCCUUCCUGCUACACAAUCCUCAGUUGCAGAAGAAGAUCCAGGAGGAGAUUGACCAGAAUGUGGGUUUCAGCCGCACACCAACUAUGAGUGACCGGAACCAACUCAUCUUGCUAGAGGCCACCAUCAGAGAGGUGCUUCGCAUCCGGCCUGUGGCCCCUACACUCAUCCCCCACAAGGCUAUCAUUGACUCCAGCAUUGGUGAAUUUGCCAUUGACAAGGGCACAAAUGUUAUCAUCAAUUUGUGGGCACUGCAUCACAAUGAGAAGGAGUGGCACCGGCCUGACCAGUUCAUGCCAGAGCGCUUCUUGGACCCCACGAGGAGUCAGCUCAUCUCUCCGUCACUAAGUUACUUGCCCUUCGGAGCAGGACCCCGCUCUUGCCUAGGUGAGAUCCUGGCCCGCCAGGAGCUCUUCCUCGUCAUGGCCUGGUUGCUGCAGAGGUUUGACCUGGAGAUCCCAGAUGAUGGGCAGCUGCCUUCCCUGGAGGGGAACCCCAAGAUGGUCUUUUUGAUCAAGCCUUUCAAAGUGAAGAUCAAGGUGCGCCAGGCCUGGAGGGAGGCCCAGGCUGACAGUAGCACCUAGAGGCUCACCUAGCAUCCCCUGAAACCACCCUGUGUGGUCCCACAGCACAGAAUUAGAGCUGUAACUGCCCUCCCCGGGCCUUCCCUCCUUCCUCCUGGCCCACGCUGCCUUCUUUCCAGCCUGCCGUCCCUGGUAGUGAUAUGCAUAAACAAAACAGCUUUUCUU